AUGGAGGGUGCAAAGCAGGGCGGAAAGCCCGUCAGCGGAACGAAGCUUUCACCACUUGCGUUGUUGCGGCGGAGCUGCCCAGAUUUUCUCUCAGCCAUCGCAAGUGUGAAGGAACCUCCAGCGAAAAAGGGCUCCAAUGAGACUCGCGGCAGCACUCCAGAGUUUGCGCAGGACAUUGAUGCCGCGAUACCACUUCAUCGCCUGCGGACUGGCGGAAGUGGCGCGGCUUGGGCAAAUGUAGAUGGGCCUUUCAGCCUGCAAGCUGACGCCGCAGCUGCCGCCCCUACAGCAUCGGAUGGCCUCCCAGACGGCGUGCAGGAUAAAAAUGCGAGUACGGGGCCCGUUAAAAAGAAACGCAGAGAUGGCGUAAGUCCUUUAGCAGCCAUAGUAGCACCCUCUCCACCUUCCUUUCCUGCAUCUGCUUCUAGCCGGACAGAGGACAACGGCGUCAGUGCCUCCGCCUCUGCGACUAGUAGGAGUCGCAGCAGAAGGACUUUAUCCGAUUCCCCUCGCCGCUUCUUGCGGGAGGCUUUGGUGAGUUACAGCCGGAGGGAUGAGAACUCUAUUCCUGAUGAGCUUGUGGCAAACUUCGAUGGAAUGACGUUUUUUCAACUCCUGCAACAGUGCAGCGGCGGGGUCUGCGUCUCCCUGGAGCGCACUGAAGAGGACACGGAUGAGCAGAAUGGCUCUACCUACAGUCCACCUCCCCUUUCAACCACGACAAACUCCUCCUCGUCGUUGGCCGGCGGCGGGGGCGUGCCAAUUGGACGACUCUCAAAGCGUGACCUUCAAGCUCAGUUAUCGGCGGCACUGGCGUGGGCAUCAUCUGCCGUGCACGGCGUAGAAGACGGCGACGACGAGGACGAGGACGACGACGAUGACGAGGACGACGACGACGACGACGGUGGUGGUGGUGGUGUGAGGGUGCGGUUGCCGCGCGCAAUUCUCGAGACGGCCUCGCAGCUUGAUCAUCCCUCUGUGGUGUUUGAGCUUUUGCAGUGCAAGGACGCCAAAGGCAGGGGGGCGGAGGCAGCGGGCCGCGGCGGCAAGAACGGCCACUCUGCUGCAACUGACGACGACGAGGAGGAUGAGGACGAGGACGACGAGGAUCGCUCCUUUCACGAUGAGGACUUGGAUGACCUCAAGGAGACGACGGAAAAGGUAAGCUCGCUGAGCCUGCACACAAUGAAGGAAUUGGCCACCUGGUGGAGCAUACAGCUUGAAGACGAGAACGAGGAGCUUUACCGCAUGACCAUCACAGAGCAUCUCCGUCUACUUGCCUUUACAAUUUGUGCCGUCGUUUCCAACACGUUGGAGCCGCAGGUGUCAUUGCCGUCUGCUUCCGGCAGCAACCGGCCUCGGGGCGGAAGCAACGCCAACAGCGAGGCUUUGGGCAACCCGAAAACGCUUGCGGAGGCGGCAAACAGUGCCGUGGACGUCGGCAUGAGAGAGGUGGCGCCGCAGAGUGGGGAGGAGCAGGAGGGUCGAGUGCGGAGCCUUCUCUCCCUGCGACACGACAUCUGCACACUGAGUGCGGAUCACCUUCGGUACUUUGCCAACAUCUUUGGCGUCCUCGACCGCUGCUGCUCUCCGGAGGACAUAUUUAUGGCCAUCUCUGCCGUCAGUGUGAUGACGUUUUUUUCACCACUGCCAACCCCCCUGCUGGAGAAGGUUUGUCAUGAGCUGUCGAUCUCCACCGUGGACGAGGGCACGGAGUCGGCCGACGCCCACCAACUUCCCCAGCUACUUGCGGAGAAAAUAAGCCACUACUUCUACCCUCCACGCCACGCCGUGCCAUCCAUUGCGAGGCUUCCAUUUAUGCCACAGAUGCAAAUUCACGAGCACGCUCCUGGGCGAUACACCUGCACCGUGGAUAACGCCAAACUCAUGAAGGUGAUGAUGCUGCAGCGAUUGGUAAGUAAUCGUUUUAGCUGCAACAAGAUCCGUUGGCAUGCGUUGCUGACCGUGAUAGAUGACAAGCUGAGCUUUUACGUUUGGCAUCGUAACACGGAUUCCCUCACCACCCACAUGAUUGUGCGGACACAAGACCCCAAGAAGAAGCGGAAGAACAACGGGGCCAGUUGCGGCGACAACAAUAACAAAGGCAAGAACAACGCUGUUUCGCCAAGCCCAGAGGUGACGCUGAAGGAAAGUUCCGCGUUAUUUCUGGAAAAGGAGGUGGAGGCCGCACCUGGGGAGUUGGUCGGCUUCGAGAGUUUUGUCUCACUGACGGUGGCGCUGCAAAGUUCUACGAUGUCACAGUCCGGGUAUCGUCUGUACAACCGUGUGGAGGAUCGACUCAUUUUUCAGUACGCCAUGGACUUGAAGUGCCCCGGCGGUGCGCCGCUAGUGGACGACGGGGGGAAGAAGUCGACCACAAAUCAACAAAGUGGCAAGGGCAUCCUUGCGAAGCGGGGAUCCGGCAAUAACCUGGACCAGACCACAGGAGGUCCGCAGGCGACUGCCGACGCCGUUGCUGCGGCAACGGCUGCGGAGAAUGAGAGGCGCCGCAAAGAACUGGAGACGCUUGUGUUCAAGCUUGAGAAGGGCGAGUCACAGCAACGCGACACAAUCGAGCAGACGUGGAACAGUGGUUACCGUCAGUUGCUGAACGAGCAUGGCAAAUCCUACCAGAAGGCUCUGCAGAAGCAGAAGGACCGUGAGCGGAAGAUGCUGCUCGCCAAAGUUGGGCCCAGCCCUGAGCUGCUGCGUGAGUUGGAUACGCUGUCACAAACGGUGACCACCAAUCGUGCACAGGUCACAAAGUUGGCAAAAGAGAAGUCCAAAGAAGAGGUUUUCAUUAAGAGGCUCCAGGAACAGAUCGAGGAUGGCAACCGCGAGGUGGAACGCCUCCGCCAACAGCUCAAGAGCAGCAGUGAGCUACUGUCAUCCUUGGAGGCAGAGGCAGCGGCAUGUGCCGCACGCAGAAAGGCUCGGCAAGAGUCAAGGCGCCGAAAACAGCGAGAUCUGGCAGCAGCACUGCGCAUUCCAGAGUUGUCUUCGACCCGUCAUGAGACGCUGGCUAUUAAUGACCUUCAGUCCUUCUGGGCUCCGUCAUCCGCGAAUAGCGCAACCCCGCAGCUGUUUCCAGCGUCCGUGACAUCAAUGUGUUCUCCCCCACAAUGCCCGCCACCGUUACUAACAGCUGCGGCACCCGGUGUGAGUCCUGACCUUACUUCUGGUCUUGGUGGGGUCCCAGCAGCAGCAUCAGCUGCUGCAGUUGCUGCUUCUGGUAAUGGUUCCUCCAUUCCUCUCCCACGCUCUGCUGUGGGGAGCAGCGAGGGAGGUUUUUCGCCAACGUUGCAGCCUGCUGGGGGAGGAGUAAUGGGUGUUGGUCUGUCGACAUGGGCGUCGCUGACGGAUCCAUUGUCGUUCAAUACAGGCGUGCAAGGCGGAGAUGCAAUGAACGCUUUCGGCACUCCAUCUACUGCCGCUCUCUUUUCUGCACAGCCGCCGCCACUGCAGCAGACAGACACAUCAGCGCAUCUUCCCACCGUGGAUGUCGCUGUAGGAGUGGGAGUAGGAGGAGGACAGAGCGGCGGUUUCACCGUCACCGCCCCCUUUCCCACUGGCAGUGCAGUACAACGCUUCACACUUGACGCCAAUGCCUGUCCAUUUACCCCAACGUCGCUGGUGACAGGACAAACGUCUGGCAACACGGUUACCCACCCAUCCUUCGCCGUUAAAGCCGGCGCCGCACCUGUUUCAGGACUGUCGCCGCUCUCGGCGUCUCCCAUGACUGGCAUUUCCGGAAACAGCCCCAUUGUUUCAGGAGGCGCGUUCCCUGAGCGACCAAGAUACACGUCCGUUUCGACGCCCGUGUCUGGAGGCAUUGUUAACGGUGGGGCCUUUUCCAACGACGCACUUCAGGGCACCACGCCGCUCUUUGCUCUACCUGGACUGACAAGUGGGUCAGGGACACAACUGCAACCGAAUACAAAGGGUCUUUCACUCAACUUCACAACGGCCCCGUGGAACUAA